GAACAUUGAGUGUAUCAGAAGAAGUUCGUCAGGCGUUACACGAACAUGGACCAGUGGUAGCUCUAGAAAGUACCAUUAUAACACAUGGUAUGCCCUACCCUCAUAAUAUAAAGACUGGGCUAGAAGUAGAAGAUAUAAUAAGAAAAAAUGGCUGUAUCCCUGCUACUAUAGGUGUUUUAGAUGGUAGAGUACAUGUUGGUCUGGACAAGACACAGUUAGAGCAGCUGGGAUCUAAAGGAAAAGACCUGGUUAAGAUUUCCAGGAGAGAUUUCCCUUACGUGUUAGCUAAGGAAACUCAGGGUGUUUGUGUGGCCACGUUUGGUCAGGAUAAAGAUUUCCCAGCAUUCUUUGUUCCGUCCAGUGGUCUGAAAGCUCCGUAUAAUAUCCGUGAUGAGAUAGAGGCUGCAGAAAUGAUCUACAACGGUCAAAAUAAAAUGAAGUUAGACAGUGGAAUAUUAAUCGGAGUUCCCUUACCAGACUCUUACAAUGAAUAUGGUCAGCAGAUAGAAACAGCUAUUGAUACUGCGCUUCACGAAGUUAG